AUCCAAACAGAGCCUUCUCUCUCUUUUAAAAGACACGCUGUGGUUUUUCUCUGUCCCUAUUUACCCCUUUUCGCUUUCUCUCUCUAACAUUCUCUGUCUUCGUGUUAUCGUGCGCUUCUUCUCAAACAAUCUCCUCCUCACAGUUUCGUCUUUUUUUUCGAUCUCACCACUGGAAAUCAUGAGUGAUGAAGGAGAAAGGACUUGUCCUCUUUGCGCUGAAGAGAUGGAUUUGACAGAUCAGCAGCUGAAACCUUGUAGAUGUGGUUAUGAGAUAUGUGUCUGGUGUUGGCACCACAUAAUGGACAUGGCUGAGAAGGAUGAUACCGAUGGGCGAUGCCCUGCGUGUCGUUCUCCUUACGAUAAGGAAAAGAUUGUUGGGACGGCGGCAAACUGUGAGAGAUUGCUGAAUGGAAUUAAUAUGGAGAAAAAGGUGAAGAAUCAGAAAGCGAAGUCUAAGUCUUCUGAUGGGCGGAAGCAGCUGAGUAGUGUGCGAGUGAUUCAGCGGAACCUUGUUUACAUAGUUGGAUUGCCUCUCAAUCUGGCAGAUGAAGAUCUUCUCCAGAAGCGGGAGUAUUUUGGUCAGUAUGGCAAGGUCUUAAAAGUGUCAAUGUCACGGACAGCAGCUGGCGUCAUUCAACAGUUUCCUAAUGAUACUUGCAGUGUAUAUAUUACUUAUUUAAAGGAAGAGGAAGCAAUUCGAUGUAUUCAAAACGUACAUGGAUUUGUUUUGGAGGGUAGACCUUUAAGGGCUUGUUUUGGAACCACAAAAUAUUGUCAUGCAUGGCUCCGAAAUGCGCCUUGCACCAACCCUGAUUGUCUGUAUCUGCAUGAGGUUGGCUCUCAAGAAGACAGCUUUACAAAAGAUGAAAUAAUUUCGGCUUACACUAGAAGUCGAGUUCAACAAAUCACUGGUGCCACAAUCAAUAUGCAGCGGCGGUCAGGGAAUGUAUUACCUCCCCCUCUAGAUGAUUGCACAAAUAAUUCUACAGGAAAUCCCAUUCUUAAUAAUAAUGCUCCAAGUAACUCUGUUUGCACGGCAAGAAGUCCGCCUUCCAAUGGGAUCAAUGGGAAGCAUGUUCCUCUUCCCACUAGUGCUGCGUGGGGUACACAGGCCACAAGUUGUCAGCCACCUGUUGGAGGUCUAUCAUAUCCAUCUGGGCUGUCCAAAACAAAAAUUGAUACAGUCCAAAGCACACUAGCCUUUUCUACUGCUGUUACGGGCACAAUUCAGGCUUCUGCUGCACAGUGUGAUGGUUCAAGGAGGCCUACAUCGAGUGAUGCAAGUCAUAAUACAAUACCUAGGGUGAAAACUGAAUUUCAGAAACCUGUUAAACAAUAUAAUAGCAUAGACAGUGUGGCUAGUGCAGGUGUAAAAGCUCCAGCAUCUGAUGCUUCUUCUCCUGUGCCUGUCAAUCUGAAGAGCGAGUUGUCUUCUCGACCAUUGUCCCGGGAUAGUGAUAGAGGCAAUUGUAAUAUAGCAAAUACAUUAAAUUCUACUAACAUUACUGGACAUCCUUUUAGCUCUGGUCCUGAGGAAGCAGUGUCUGCUACCAAUGAAGUGAUUCGGAACUUGUCCAGUGAGUUCUCCUCAAUUAACAUUGGUAUAAACAAGCCUGGUAGCCCACCUACUGAUGAUGUCUUGACUAAAUCUCUUCAAAUUCAAGAAAGAUCACAAUAUGAUGUUGACAGAUUUGAAGACACAAUAACAACUAAUGUGGCUGGUAAAAUUUCCAUAUCAGAUAACAGCGGUUUUAAUUCAACAGAGAAGGGUGGAGGGAUAUUAGAUUCUCAAUCUCAAGUAGUAUCCGAUACAGCUGAAAUUGAAGAUGAUGUGACAUCUUUUGAUAAUCAAAGACUGAAGGAUCCAGAAGUUUGUCUUUCUUAUUUGCCUAAGACAACAAAUUUCCUUCAUGUAUCAAAACUUUCUAGUCCUUGUCUAAUGCAGCAUGAACCUCGUAAUACUGUGAAUGCUGGUUCUCUUUCUUCUGAUGAUAUAGUUCGGGAUGAAUCUAUUUUACAUUCGUCUAGCAUGUUAUGUAAUGGUUACCCUGAGAAAUUGAUUAGUGGCAGCUCUAAUGGUUUGCUUAAUAAUGAAAGAAACAGGCAAAGCCUUGGACGAUUAGUUGGUGAAACUGUUAAUGCUGGAUGUGAUCCUGCAAUUGAUAAGGGCGAAAGUAGCAUAAUCUCAAAUAUUCUGUCCAUGGAUUUUGAUCCAUGGGAUGACUCCCUAACAUCACCUCAUAAUAUAGUGAAGUUGUUGGGUGACAAUACUGAUGACCAGCCUUGUCCUUUAAAAAAAUCUAGUUCUUGGAAAAUUCAAAGUAACAAUCAGUCAAGGUUCUCUUUUGCAAGGCAAGAAGAAUCCGAAAUUCAAACUUCCGAUGUACAUUCAUCCUAUGGUGUCAGCCAGCAACAGGUUAAGAGCCACACACUCAACCAGGAUCUGGCAGAAAGAGACUUUUAUAUGGAUAAGUUGGGUGUUGCAAAUGGCUUUCCUACUAGUAACUUCGAUGAAGCUGAAAAUUUAGGCAGCGUUCAUUCCAUUUCUUCUUCCAAUAAGCUUUCUGCUAUUUCAAGAGCACAAGUUUCAGCUCCGCCAGGAUUUUCAAUUCCAAGUAGGCUGCCACCUCCUGGUUUUUCUUCGCAUGAGAGAUCAGAGCAGACUUUUGACUCCAUAUCUGGGAAUUCAUUACUUGAUCAUUCUUCCUUUUUGAGAAAUUCACAUCAGACACCCUCAGCUGGAAAUAUUGGCGGCACAGGUGACAUUGAAUUUAUGGAUCCUGCUAUUUUGGCAGUCGGCAAGGGGAGGCUUCAAGGUGCACAAAACAGCCAAUCAUUGGACAUGCGAUCAAAUUUCAUGCCACAAUUAAAUUAUUUUGAAAAUGAGGCCAGACUACAACUCCUGAUGCAAAGAUCUCUAACACAGCAGCAAAACCUUAGAUUUUCUGAAAUUGGGAAUAAUUUUUCUCAACUGGGCGAUUCAUAUGGUAUUUCUUCGAGGUUAGAUCAAUCCCAAGUCAGUAACUUAGCCCCUUUCUCUCAGCUGUCCCUGCAGCAGUCUACAAAUGCAAUCUUGUCAAAUGGCCAAUGGAAUGGGUGGAAUGAGGUGCAGAGUGGGAAUGGUCUGGGUGUGGCCGAACUUUUGAGGAAUGAAAGACUUGGAUUUAACAAGUUUUACUCAGGAUACGAUGAUUCAAAAUAUCGGAUGCCAAAUUCUGGGGAUCUAUACAACAGGACGUUUGGGAUGUGACUUUUUGGUUGCUCUGAUGUCUUACUGUUGGAAAUGGUAAAACCUAACAGAAAUGGACCAACAAUUUUUUUGCAUAGCUGUGGAUGGUGGAACUUACUCAUGAUUGGUUUGGGCCACCUAAUGAUGAAAAUACCAAGCAGUGUAAUUUAUGGCGGCAGUUGGUAAUUAGUAAACUACCUGUUUUCUUGGCUUCUAUGGCAUUGCUCAUUUUGCAUGCACAUAAAAGUGUCUUAACCUACCUGGUGCUAAAACAAGAAUGGGAAAAAUGUUGCAUUUUUAAAAUUGUUUUUGUUCUGGGUUUGGGUUUCAUAUCUUUGAUAUGUCAAGAAUGGCAGCCGUUUGCUUUUCUGUGACGGUGCACUCAUUUGCCCCCUUUUCCUUUGUAGUUCUGGAUUCGCAGGUGAGCUGUUUUGGGGUUUUAAGAUAUCAGCUGCCAAUGCUACCGUGAUCAAAUUAGCAGGUAGAUCUUAGUUGAGUGUUUUCCUUCAAAGUACAGAGCAUGAAAACUUGUUGAUUCAAUAUUAAAUUUAUCAAUCUCAUUUAUUACUGCAAUUUUCUUGAGUUUUAACUA